UUGAAACUUCCACUUGCGUGACGGAGGUAAACAAAUAAGUGAGCAGAAUAAGGAGAAUUUAAUCUACAUUUUUAAACAUGAAGGAAGUAAAUCAACAAUUCGAUGUGGCGAGCCAUUUCGUUAGUAUCCUGGAGAAGGAUGAUAACAUGUCGCCCGGUAUUGCAGCCAUGACAACACUGCUAAUGGUGCUCGAGAAAACUAAAUUUGAUACGGUACAGGAAUUUCACACGACCAUCCAGUCCGCGGUGCGGGCGAUGCGGGACACGGAUAAACCGAUGACUUCUGUCGUCUCCGGGACGGAACUUUUCUCGCGCUUCAUCACGCUGGCCAAGUUCGAUGAUAAGACAAUGGACGAGGUGCGGGACAUUAUGUUAAACCGUGGUAAAAUGUUCCUAGCUAAGCUCCUCGAAAGUCGUAACGUGAUUGCCAAGCAGGCAAUCACCUUCAUCAGUGAUGGAUGUCGAAUUUUGACUCACGCCCGUUCGCGAACCGUCCGAGAGGCAUUGAUCCUGGCGGCUCAGCACAACAAACGCUUCCACGUGUUUAUAACGCACAGUGCCCCGGAUCAUCAUGGGGAGCAGAUGGCCGCAGAACUAGAGAAAGCUGGCAUCGAUUGUACGCUCAUUCUUGAUACCGCGAUUGGCUACGUGAUGGAAACGGUUGACAUGGUGCUGGUCGGUGCGGAAGGCGUCGUGGAAAGUGGUGGCAUUAUUAAUCGUAUCGGAACCGUGACGAUGGCUAUCUGUGCAAGGGAAAUGAAGAAACCAUUCUAUGCCUUGGUGGAAAGUUUUAAGUUCUGCCGAUUAUAUCCACUCAACCAGCGAGAUUUGCCAGAUGAUUAUAAGUAUAACAAAAAUACAUUGAAGGACAAAGCGAAGGCACACCCCAUGGUGGACUAUACGCCACCAAAUUACAUUACUCUACUUUUCACUGACCUCGGUAUUUUAGCUCCGUCGGCCGUAAGUGAUGAAUUGAUCAAGCUUUACUUGUAAAAGGUUGACGAAGAAGUGGCAGCAGCCAAGUAUGAAAUAAAUGUAUAGAAUAAUACUGGAAGAUGUGUUAUCGAAGGCAAUAUUUGUGCAAUUAAUAAAACAAAUAGAUCCACUUGCCUUCAACAAUCGAUGGAGGAUUUCUUUCUUUAAUUUACAACACGUACGUAUUAUGUUGAGCUUAUAUUGUAAACUUUACGCAAAUGUCACGGUGCU